AUGGCCAAGAUCUCGCGUGGUGCCCCUGGUGGCAAGCUCAAGAUGACCCUGGGUCUCCCUGUCGGUGCCGUCAUGAACUGCGCUGACAACUCCGGUGCCCGAAACCUCUACAUCAUCGCCGUCAAGGGUAUUGGUGCUCGCCUGAACCGAUUGCCCGCUGGUGGUGUCGGUGACAUGGUCAUGGCCACCGUCAAGAAGGGAAAGCCCGAACUCCGAAAGAAGGUCCACCCCGCCGUUAUCGUCCGACAGUCCAAGCCCUGGAAGCGAUUCGACGGUGUCUUCCUGUACUUCGAGGACAACGCUGGUGUCAUCGUCAACCCCAAGGGUGAGAUGAAGGGCUCCGCCAUUACCGGCCCCGUCGGUAAGGAGGCUGCUGAGUUGUGGCCCCGUAUUGCCAGCAACUCUGGUGUCGUCAUGUAA